AGUGACGGUGGCGCGCAACCAGUCCGGACGCGUCCUGCUCUGGAUUGUGAUGGAAGAGGAUGCGCAACACGUAACUUUCUCCGCAUGUGACACAUACAAUGGGAAUUAUAUGCAUGUACUAUAAAAGCGUGACAGCUUUAGUGAGCAUGUGCACAUCUCUGCGCUGACCACCAAAAAGGCGCAAUUUUUUAGUGUUUCAUGCGAACAAGUUGUACAGUGUGAACUCGGCCGUGAUGUUGGAUACUUUUGGUUCUUCGAGCGGCGCAGUACCCAUCCCGGACACCUCUGAUCUGCAGCUCAAAGUAGCGGCCGGGGGAGGCAGCCUGACAGCGGGAGGGAUGGGACUGGAGACUGGCGCUGGGGAAAAAAAACUCCUGGAUUUUACUGGAGCAACUUUAUCCAAACGAAAACUUCUGGUUGGAUUGGAUCUCUUGUGCCUCUUCCUUGCAUCCAUUCCAUUCUUUGCGUGUGAGCUUAAGGCCGUGAGUCCUUACAAAAGAGGGUUUAUCUGCGGAGACCCCAGCAUCACAUACCCAUACCUGGACAGAGAGGUGAUCCCAGACGAGCUGUUGAUCGCAGGGGGCGUUGUCAUCACAGGCCUCACAAUUGCACUGGGAGAAUGUUACCGGGUGCGUUUUCGUGGUGUGAACUCUAAGGCCUUCAUAAGGAACGUGUAUGUGUCGUGCCUGUACAAAGAGCUGGGUUGCUUUUUGUUUGGCUGCUGCAUCGGCCAGUCGCUAACCAACAUGGCCAAGCUGAGCGUAGGACGGCUCAGGCCCCACUUCCUGUCUGUGUGUGGUGUAACAUAUGCAUCACUCAACUGCACUACAGGAACUUAUGUGGCAUCCGUGACCUGUCAUUCUGAUCACCGCCUAGAAGAGGAGGCCAGAAAAUCCUUUUUCUCUGGUCACGCCUCCUUUGCCAUGUAUACAAUGCUCUAUUUGGCUUUCUACCUGCAGGCGCGUUUCACAUGGCGCAGUGCUCGUCUGCUGAGGCCGUUGCUUCAGUUCAUCCUGAUCAUGCUGGCCGUCUACACUGGGCUCACGCGCAUCUCCGACUACAGGCACCAUCCGUCUGACGUGCUCACGGGCUACAUACAGGGGGCGCUUACUGCCUACUGGGUGACAUUCCACAUCUCGUCCAUGUUUAAGACCAACGGUUCAGACCUCUCUCUGAGUGAAACUCCGCUGGACAGCCCCUUGUCGCCCCAGCACACAGUCUGCUGAAGCACCCACUGUACCUCCACCUGCACCCCCACCACGCGCACCUCGUCUGAAGACAGGAAACUUAAAGAAUGUGAGACUGUUUCCUGUAAAGAAAAGCCACAUACCUCAGUUAAUGAACGAAGUGCAUGGUGCCACAAAACAUUCUGUACUGUGUUAGUUUCACUGCCUUUUUAAUACUGGUUUGACAAGGCACUGGACAUAGAAAACUGUAUUAAUUUACUCAUACAAACAAGUUGAAAGGGAGAGUACUCACGUCUUGACUCAACUACACUGUACUAUAUAAUUUUAUGGUGGAAGUUCCACCACCUGCUUGUCUCCAUGGGUAUGUUAUUGCUUUGCCUAAAAUGUUCCGUAGUAUGGCUAAAUCUAUCUCAAUAAAGAAAAGCAGGUAGAGUUUUUAUCAAUAAAAACACCUGUAACUGAAUAAAUGCAAGAUAAAUAAGCACAAAUCCAUACAGUGGAACAUUCAUAGCAAAGUAAUAACAUCUUCAUAGAGACAUUAAGCAAAGUUACAUAGUGUACCUUUAAACAGUACACACUGAUAUUUAGCAAUGGUUUGAGAAUCUACCUAAAUGAUUGUACUGUUUUAUUGAGUGAAGUUAGUAUCUCUCAAGAUGAGCUGUUGAAGCAUUCCUAGAUUAUAACAAUGAUCAUACUACAGAAAUAUAACAGAGCAGUUUUCAUGUUUAAACAAUGAAAAAACGUCUUAUUUAUCAGAGUCUUAGUUCAUGCCGCUUUGACCUCACAGAAUCCUUUGCACACUAAAACAUUAAACUGCAGACGCUCCGUGCACUUGACCUGUGGACACUUUAGAUUCACUUAAAACACUCAUUUUGUUAUGAAAAGAAUCUGUAAAGCACUUUUGAUAUUGUUUAUAUGUUAUUUAGUUUUUUAAUAACAUUUUAUAUAGUGUACUGUAUAUUUAUAGUGUUUGUAACCUCUGAAUGUAAUGAAGGAAAGCACAAGGCAGAAGAAAAACUAAUAUUGUAUUAUAUUGUUCUGCAUUGAAAUAACCCAUUGAAUGACUAAAUGCGUUACCACCUUAGAAGUCAUAUUUGCUC